UUCACCACGUAUGAAUUGCUCCAAAACCCCUGUUUCUCUCUUUUCUAGGGUUUAAUUUAACUACUAUUUCUCCUCCUUACUCCGGCGCCGUCGUCUAAUCAUGUCACCUUACCGCUUCCUCCUACGCUCUCUCCGCCGCUCUUCAACCUCUCCUUCACAUGCCCCUGCUCUUACCACCAUUGCUCCUCUCAACCAACAUAUUCCACCCUCCUCUCAAACUUCUUCUCCCAUCUCACUUCUCCUUGCCCGCUCAUUUUCCUUUUCCUCUGCCGAAGAAGCUGCUGCCGAAAGACGCCGUAGAAAGCGCCGUCUUCGUAUUGAACCGCCUCUCCAUGCACUUCGUCGCGACAACUACCCUCCCCCUCAGCGUGAUCCCAAUGCCCCUCGUCUUCCUGACUCCACAUCCGCUCUUGUGGGGCCUCGUCUUAAUCUUCACAAUCGUGUUCAAUCCCUGAUUCGUGCUGGUGAUCUUGAUGCGGCUUCUUCAGUCGCUCGUCAUUCUGUGUUUUCCAAUACUCGCCCCACGGUUUUCACUUGUAACGCUAUUAUUGCUGCUAUGUAUCGGGCUAAGAGGUAUAGUGAUGCGAUUGCAUUGUUUCAGUUCUUCUUUAACCAGUCGAAUAUAGUUCCCAAUGUGGUGUCGUAUAAUAAUUUGAUUAAUGCUCAUUGCGAUGAGGGCCGUGUUGAUGUGGGUCUUGAGGUUUAUCGUCAUAUUAUUGCAAAUGCUCCGUUCAGUCCUUCCGCAGUGACUUAUCGGCAUUUGACUAAGGGAUUGAUUGAUGCUGGGAGGAUUGAGGAGGCUGUGGAUCUUCUGCGGGAAAUGCUGAAUAAAGGGCAUGGCGCUGAUUCGUUGGUUUUCAAUAAUUUGAUUUCUGGGUUUCUGAAUUUGGGGAAUUUGGAGAAGGCGAAUGAACUGUUUGAUGAGUUGAAGGAGAGGUGUUUGGUUUAUGAUGGAGUUGUGAAUGCUACGUUCAUGGAUUGGUUUUUCAAUCAAGGGAAAGAAAAGGAGGCCAUGGAAUCGUACAAGUCGUUACUUGAUAGGCAAUUCAAGAUGGUUCCAGCGACUUGCAAUGUGUUGUUAGAGGUUUUGCUUAAGCAUGAAAAGAAAACGGAGGCUUGGACAUUGUUUGAUCAGAUGUUGGAUAACCACACUCCACCAAAUUUCCAAGCAGUUAAUUCAGAUACGUUCAACAUAAUGGUUAAUGAAUGCUUUAAGCAUGGCAAGUUCGCAGAGGCAGUGGAGACUUUCAGGAAGGUGGGAACUCAACCAAAGUCAAGGCCUUUUGCUAUGGACGUUGCAGGGUAUAAUAAUAUCAUUGCAAGGUUUUGUGAACAGGGAAUGAUGGCAGAUGCAGAGACUUUCUUUGCUGAACUUUGCUCGAAAUCCUUGUCCCCUGAUGUCCCAACUCACAGGACACUUAUAGAAUCUUAUUUAAAGAUUGAGCAGAUUGAUGAUGCAUUGAGAGUUUUUAACAGAAUGGUUGAUGUUGGUUUGAGAGUUGUUGCUAGCUUUGGAAAUAUGGUAUUUGGUGAAUUGAUUAAGAAUGGCAAGGCAGCUGACUGUGCUCAGAUUUUAACAAAAAUGGGAGAGCGGGAUCCUAAACCGGAUCCCACAUGCUACGACGUUGUGAUUAGAGGGCUAUGCAAUGAAGGUGCGUUGGAUGCUAGUCGGGAGUUGCUUGACCAGAUAAUGAGGUAUGGUAUUGGCCUCACUCCCACACUUGAGGAAUUUGUUAAAGAGGCAUUUGUAAAGGCUGGUCGGCAUGAAGAGAUUGAAAGAUUGCUAAAUAUGAAUAAAUGGGGACAUGCUGCUUAUCGCCCCCUAUCUGGACCCCCAAGAAUUUCACAAUCUCAGGUACCACCUCAAAUGGGAGGACCACUGCAAGGACCCCCUCAAAUGGCAGAGCCAAAUUGGCGGCCUUCUAUAAACCCUCAAGCUAGAGGAACUUAUUCCUCACCUCAAAUGUCAAGUCCUAGUCAUUUUCAAUCAGGUUCGCCUCAAACGACAGGUUCUAAUUAUUUUCAAUCAGGAUCGGUUCAAAUGACAAAAUCCCAGCAUUCAUCAUUCAAUCCACCCCCAAUGGAAGAACAUCACUCGCAACAACCCCCUCAAAUGACAGAAGCAAAUUGGCGGCCUUCUAUAAACCCUCAAGCUAGAGGAAGUUAUUCCUCACCUCAGAUGUCAAAUCCUAGUCAUUUUCAAUCAGGUUCUCCUCAAACGACAGGUUCUAAUUAUUUUCAAUCAGGAUCGGCUCAAAUGACAAAACCACAACAUUCAUCAUUUGAUCCACCCCCAAUGGAAGAACAUCACUCACGACAACCCUCUCAAAUGGCAGAACCAAGUUGGCGGCCUUCUAUAAACCCUCAAGCUCGAGGAAGUUAUUCAUCACCUCAGAUGUCAAGUCCUAGUCAUUUUCAAUCAGGACCGCCUCAAACGACAUGUUCUAAUUAUUUUCAAUCAGGAUCGGCUCAAAUGACAAAACCACAACAUUCAUCAUUUGAUCCACGCCCAAUGGAAGAACAUCACUCACAACAAACCCCUCAAAUGGGAGAACCAAACUGGCGACCUUACACAAACCCUCAAGCCAGAGGAAGUUAUGGCCCUUCAUCACCUCAGAUGUCAGGUCCUAGUUAUUUUCAAUCAAGAUCAUCUCAAAUGACAGGUCAUAAUUAUUUUCAAUCGGAAUCGACUCAAAUGACAAGACCACAACAGCCAUCAUCUGAUGCGGUCUCAAUAGAAGAACAGUAUCACUCAGAACAACCCCCUCAAAUGGCUGGCCAAAGCGCAAUUUGAUCAUCAGUUUUAUAAGUUAUUUGAAGACGCUGUUGUCAAAAUUUUGACUUAGUUAACAUGCAAUUUGUGAUCAAUUAUCCACUUUAUACUGCAUGUUCCUUCUGUCAGGUCACCUCAAGUCUCUUCCAUUCAAGUUUUUGUGUUAGUAAAGGAUUUGGUUAUAUUCAUGGUGUCUGUUUUAGAUAUUAUGUAUUUACCUGAUAUAUGAAUGUGGUUUCUCUAUUACACUAUUUAAACUCACAAAUUUAUCAAUAAUAUUUUUAUCUACAAUAAUUUGAAAUUCCA